GACGACUACGACGACAAAUUCCUACCCAACUGGGGCGCGGCUGGACAUUUCGGCGAGGGCCUGAAGGAGUAUCCUACAGAUGCGACACGGGAUGUGAUCCCCAUCCCUUGUCAUUCGCACAAUGAUUACUGGCGGAGGGUACCGCUCUUCGACGCGAUCCAUUGGGGUUGCACCGGCGUCGAGGCGGAUGUCUGGCUCUUCGACGACGAAUUGUUCGUCGGCCACAAUGUUGCGUCCCUCACGCGGAACCGCACUUUCCAAAGUCUAUACGUCAAUCCUCUGACCGAGUUCCUCGACAAGAUGAACCCCUCGACGGAAUUCUCCAACACCACUGGCCAUGGCGUCUUUGAUGAGGACCCGCAGCAGACGCUCGUCCUCCUCGUCGACUUCAAAACCCCCGGUCACGAGACCUUCCGCUCCGUCUCCGACCAACUCCGACCCCUCCGCGAGAAGAACUACCUCAGCUACUGGGACGGCGAAACCUUCCACCCCCGCGCCGUCACCAUCGUCGGCACUGGCAACGCCCCCUUCGAUUUGAUUACCGCCUCCACCACCCACCGCGACAUCUUCUUCGACGCGCCCCUCGACCGCCUCUGGGAACCCGAAACCACCUCCUCCCCAUCCUCCGAGCCACCCCUCCUCCGCCGCAGCACCCCCACCAACCCCACCGCCCUCGCCGCCCUCCCCCCGGCCUCCGCCUACGACCCGACGAACAGCUACUACGCCAGCACGAGCUUCUCCCGGACCAUCGGCUUCAUCUGGCGCGGCCGGCUCACGGCCGCCCAGCUCGACCUCCUCCGGGGACAGAUCCGCGGGGCCCGCCGCCGCGGCCUGAAGGCGCGCUACUGGGACACGCCGAGCUGGCCGCGCGGCCUGCGCGACCACGUCUGGCAGGUGCUCCUGCGCGAGGGCGCCGAGGUCCUCAACGUCGACGACCUGCCCGGCGCCGCGCGCGCGACCUGGCGCCGGCGGGCGGAGAGGGGGAGGAGGGCGUUUUCGUGA